UAUCCUUCCUUUGAUAUGCAAAUCUCCAGUAAAUGUAUUCUGAGUAUUUCAGAAAAUAGCAGCGCUGCUGAACAUCCUGGAGGAAACAGAGUUACAGAGAAUUGAGGAAGAGGAACCUGAAGGGCAGCAUGUUGGUUCUUAGAAAGAUAUUCAGAGUGAAUGAAGGAAUAGAGGGGAGAUUCCCCCGUCAAUUGGCAAUGGGUCUGAUGGACCAGCUCUCUGUAUAAAAGACAGGUCAGAUCAGACCUCAGACAUAGAACCAGAGCAUCAGCUAGACUUCUGACACUGAACCAGACCAGAGCAUCAGAGACCAGAGCAUCAGAGACCAGAACAUCAGAGACCAGAACAUCAGAUAUCACAACAUCAGAGACCAGAACAUCAGAGAAUAUCUCAGACAAUACAAUCUUCAGCAUCUCAACCAUCUCUGAACCAUGAAGACCUUGACUGCUCUCCUCCUCCUGGGACUGCUCUGCUCCCUCCAUACGACGUCUGCAGGUGUCAUCGCGUUGGAAAUGGCACCUGAAUGCUGUAUGAAAUUCAGCGCGAGGAUCCCUCUUCAACAUGUAGUUUCUCUCAGAACAACCUCCAGUAGCUGCCCUCGCAAAGCACUGAUUUUCACCACAAAGAAAGGGAAGACAUUUUGUGUUGACCCUUCUGAAGCCUGGGUCCAGAGUCAUGUGACCAAAAUUGAGAGCAGAUCGACUACUGCCAAGACGACGAUGAUGUCAUCAACCACCAUCACCCCCUAACACCUCAACCCUUGUUGGUGCACUUUAAAGGGAAUAGGUUGCCAUUAGUGACGCAAACCUUGUCAUGCAUGUCUGUACCCUAUCUGAGAUUGGUAUGGAUUAGGUUCAGUGUAAUGUACUAGGUUUAGGAUAUACUAAUUGUUUAUUUUUCUAUAACUGUAAACAUAUUUGACAUGUAACUAUUCAGUAACCUAUUUUAUAUUUUAUAAAGCCGUUGAAAACUUCAAACAUCCUGUGAAAGAGUGGUUCAUAUGAUUCAAUUAAUGUAUAAAUGGAUAUAUAUGGGUUGUAAUUAGGUCUAUUCUACUGGUAUAUAUAUUAAUGGGUUGUAACUAGGUCUAUUCUACUGGUAUAUAUAUUAAUGGGUUGUAACUAGGUCUAUUCUACUGGUAUAGAUAUUAAUGGGUUGUAACUAGGUCUAUUCUACUGGUAU